AUGAAUAUUGAAUGUAGAAAACCAAAAAUGAUUAUUACACAACACACCAUGAAGGCCAUAACGGCCAUCUUUGACAACACCACCUCUACCUCUCAAUUUUGGUGCUUCUGGUUCAUCAUUGCCUUCCUCCUCCAUCUCUUCCUCAAAAAACAUCUCCCAAAACCUAAACCCUCAUCUCUGGGUGGUCCCACGCCGCCCCCGAGCCCACCGGCCCUCCCUCUCAUCGGUCACCUCCACCUCCUCACCCCUGUUCUCGUCACCUCCUUCCAAGCCCUAGCUCGUCGUUAUGGUCCCCUCAUCGAGCUCCGACUGGGCGCAUCAAAGUGUGUCGUUGUCUCAAACGCUGCAGUUGCCAAAGAGAUCCUAAAAACUCACGAACACAACUUCCUCUCCCGACCGGAGUUCGGCGCUUCCGAGUAUUUCAUUUAUCGAGGGUCGAGAUUUGUCAUGGCCCAAUACGGACCCUAUUGGCGAUUCAUGAAGAAGCUAACCAUGACACGGCUUCUGUCGCCGCCGCAGCUAGCGGUCUCGACCGCUAUCCGCAGCGACGAGAUAGCGAAACUCAUGGAAAGAAUAGAGGGAAAUUCAAGAGAAAAUAAGCCCAUAGAUAUGAGAUUGGAGUUUACUACUUUGACAAACAAUAUCAUAUCAAGGAUGGUUUUGAGCACAAGGUGUUGUGGAGGAAAAGAUGAGGCUCAAGAGAUUAAGGAUUUGGCUUGGAGGAUUAAUAUGCUGGCUGGGAAAUUGAGUUUGGGGGAUAUUUUGGGACCUUUGAAAGUGUUUGAUUUCUCUGGAAAUGGAAAAAAGUUUGUGAAAACUUUGAAGAGAUUUGAUGAGUUGGUAGAGAAGAUAAUGAAGGAACAUGAAGCUGCCAAUAAUGGUGAUGGGGAUGAAGAAAGAAGAAGAGACUUGUUGGAUAUCUUGCUAGAAAUUUACAAAGAUCCAAAUGCUGAGAUGAAGAUAACCAAAAACGAUAUCAAAUCGUUCUUGCUUGACCUUUUUAUGGCAGGCACCGACACGACUGCGACGGCAAUAUUAUGGGCAAUGGGGGAGCUCCUAAAUCGUCGGGAAUCACUCCAAGAGCUAAGAAAAGAAAUAACUUCAGUGAUUGGAAACAAGAAGAUGGUCGAAGAAUCUGAUCUCCCCAACCUCCCAUAUCUCCGAGCAGUGGUCAACGAAACGUUGCGUCUCCACCCGUCAGCGCCAAUCAUCAUUAGGGAAUGUCUAGAUGACUGCAACAUCAACGGCUUAUUAAUCAAGGCCAAAACUCGGGUCUUGGUCAACGCAUACGCCGUCAUGAAAGACCCAGAGUCGUGGUCAGACCCCGACAAGUUCUUGCCAGAGAGGUUUCUGAAAGGCUCCCUCGACAAUAUCGGCACCCACCGGAUGGAAAUGAAAGGGCAAAAUUUCCGGUACAUUCCGUUUGGUAGUGGAAAGAGAGGCUGUCCUGGAGCUUCCCUUGCAUUGCUAGUUUUUCCAUGUGCAAUUGCCACCAUGGUGCAACGCUUUGAUUGGAAGACAAGUGGGGACGGUAGCGGCAACAUUGAUUUGACUCCUGGGUCAGGAUUUGCUGCAGAGAUGGCCACGCCGCUCUUUUGUUAUGCGAACCCCAUUCAUGGUAGUGAUUAAGAAGACGACAAUAUUUAUAUUUUGUAUUGCUCAGUAUUAAACAAGUUUAAGUGCAUUAUGAAUUUAAAUGUUUUAUGAAGUGCUUUGUAUUAGAUGAGGUAAUUUGCUUUCUUUCUAUUGGUACAAGCAUAUGAUUGUAUAUAUAUACCAAUAAAUUCUCUUACCAAAAGU